UACUCGUGUGUAGCAGAGGACUCUCGAGCCCUCAUUCAGGAAGUCCUGACAACUCUUCAGAAAGUCAAGUCAUCUCCUCCGGAGUUGGACUAAAUGUUAUUGGAAACGUGGGAUUCAUCACUGGUUUUCCCCCAUCAUCUCUUCCAGUCAUGAAGCAGCGGAGUGGGCUGUAGACCCACUCUGAGCCCAGAGAACAGCAGCAGCCCCUCAUACACUUUCUAAGGUGGGUAUGGUAAAUGCCCGGCGCGUGGAUGAGGAGCAGCAGCUGCAGUGAGGUGGAACACCGCGGUAACCACGGUACCGUCUAGCCCCGCCCACCCCACCAUGCCCUCGUCCACGCGGAAGGGAGCGCUGAAGGACCCCGAGCUGGCCGACCUCUUCUUCAAAGAUGACCCAGAGGAAGUCUUCUGUGACCUGCACGAGAUCGGCCAUGGCAGCUUUGGGGCCGUCUACUUUGCCAGAAACUCCUACUCCAACGAGGUGGUGGCCAUCAAGAAGAUGUCCUACAAUGGAAAACAGACCACCGAGAAAUGGCAGGACAUCAUUAAGGAGGUCAAGUUUUUGGAACAGCUGCGCCAUCCAAACACCAUUGAGUACAAAGGCUGCUACUUGAAGGAUAACACUGCCUGGCUGGUGAUGGAGUACUGCCUAGGCUCCGCAUCAGAUUUACUAGAGGUUCAUAAGAAACCGCUCCAAGAGGUUGAAAUUGCUGCCAUAACCCACGGUGCCUUGCUAGGACUGGCUUACCUCCAUUCCCAUAAUAUGAUUCACAGAGAUGUGAAAGCUGGAAAUAUCCUGCUAACUGAGCCAGGCCUGGUCAAACUGGCAGACUUCGGCUCUGCCUCCAUCGCCUCUCCUGCCAACUCCUUCGUAGGAACACCUUACUGGAUGGCCCCGGAAGUGAUCCUAGCAAUGGACGAGGGCCAGUAUGAGGGGAAGGUGGACAUCUGGUCCCUGGGAAUCACCUGUAUUGAACUGGCGGAGCGCAAGCCUCCCCUGUUCAACAUGAACGCUAUGAGUGCCUUAUAUCACAURGCCCAGAACGACUCUCCCACGCUGCAGUCCAACGAGUGGUCGGACCCCUUCCGGAGCUUCGUUGACUACUGCCUACUCAAAAUUCCUCAGGACAGACUCUCGUCGGGGGAGCUGCUGCGACAUGACUUCGUCCGUCGGGAGCGUCCCCCACGGGUCCUCACGGAGCUCAUCCAGAGGACCAAGGAUGCGGUGCGGGAGCUCGACAACCUGCAGUACCGCAAGAUGAAGAAGAUCCUUUACCAGGAGAAACACAACGGACCCAUGGGGGAGAGCCAGGAGGAGGAGGAGGAGGAAUCUGAGCAGGCCAGCUGUAAGAUGAACAGCCUGGGCAGUAAUCACUCCAUCCCCAGCACCUCGGUCAGUACAGGUAGCCAGAGCAGCAGCAUCAACAGCAUGCAGGAGGUCCUAGACGAGAGCUGCUCCGACAUGACCAUGAUGCACCAUGACUACGACAGCACCCUCGAGUCCUCCGCACACACCAAGAAGGACCACGGGUAUAACUGGGAUGAUGGUGUGAAACGUGACCACAGGCCAGAGCUGAGACCAGCCUCCUCAGACAAGAGCCAGGCACACAACUACCGUCACAACAACUUUUCUACCAUCAAAUCAGCAUCGCUGGUGACCAAGCAGAUCCAUGAGCAUGAGCAAGAGAAUGAGCUGCGGGAGCAGAUGUCGGGGUAUAAACGUAUGAGACGGCAGCACCAGAAGCAGCUGAUAGCUCUGGAAAACAAGCUGAAGGCUGAGAUGGACGAACACAGACUGAAGCUGCAGAAGGAGGUGGAGACCCAGGCCAACAAUGCCUACAUAGAGCUGGAGAAACUGGCUAAGAGACACACCGUCCACUGUGACAAAGAGAUGAAGACGACGUCAGCAGACGAGAAGAAGUUCCAGCAGCAGAUAGUGGCCCAGCAGAAGAAGGAACUCACCACCUUCCUAGAUAAUCAGAAGAAGCAGUACAAGCUCUGCAAGGAGAAGAUUAAAGAGGAGAUGAACGAGGACCACCACACCCCUAAGAAGGAGAAGCAGGAGCGUUUGUCGAAGCACAAGGAGAACUUGCAGCACAGCCAGGCUGAGGAGGAGGCCCUUCUCCUGGGCCAACAGAGAGUCUUCUACGACAGGAACUGCAGAGGCUUCAAACGCAAAGUCAUGAUCAAGAGGCACGAGUUUGAACAGGAGCAGAUACGAGAGGAGCUGAACAAGAAGAAGACCCAGAAGGAGAUGGAGCAUGCCAUGCUGAUCAGACAUGACGAGUCCACCCAGGAGCUGGAGCAUCGUCAGCUGAAGAUCCUUCAGAAGCUCCGCAUGGACCUGAUCCGCCUUCAGCACCAGACAGAACUGGAGAACCAGAUAGAGUACAACAACCGCCGCGAGAGAGAGCUCCACCGCAAACACGUCCUGGAGCUACGGCAGCAGCCCAAGAACCUCAAGGUGCGGAUGGAGGUUCGCAAGAGCGAGCACAAGACGGUGCUCAAGGCCUUAGGAGGAGCAGACCAGGAAACUGGCAUCCUGGCUGAGCAGUACGAACAGAGCAUCAACGAGAUGAUGGCAUCGCAGGCGCUGCGUCUGGACGAGGCCCAGGAAGCCGAGUGCCAGGCUCUGAGGCAGCAGCUGCAGCAGGAGAUGGAGCUGCUGAAUGCCUACCAGAGUAAGAUCAAGAUGCAGACCGAGGCCCAGCACGACAGAGAGCAGCAGAAGCUGGAGCAGAAGGUUUCGCUGCGCAGAGCCCACCUCGAACAAAAGAUUGAAGAGGAGCUGGCUUCCCUUCAGAAGGAGCGUACAGAGAGGAUCAAGCACCUGUUGGAUCGCCAGGAGAGAGAGAUCGACACGUUCGACAUGGAGAGCCUCCGACUGGGCUUUGGUAAUCUGGGGGUCCUGGACCCCCCCAAGGAUGACUACAGAUGACUAGGCCAGCCCUGGUGACCUCGUCUUCGUCGUCUGGUGUGACGACCCUCCUGUUCCUCCUCAGCUUCGUGACCUGAUGUGACCUGGUCUGGUUUUGGUUGGACCCGGGCAGUUAGGGUCUUUAGCUACUGAUGCCCACACACACACAGCUACACAUAAAUGUGUGUACACACACACACACCAGCCACAUACAAACCAGCCCAGUGCCUGCGCUGGUCUAUAGCCAACGGGCCCCCCUCUCUCGUGGUGUCCGUCACAAGAUGACAAAAAAUGCUGGAUAACUUCCUAGGUUGUCUUUGUUUUAAAGAAUAACAAUACAAUGUCACGGUGUUCCUGUUUCUUGUGCAAUGAUGACACUUUUAGUGUAACUAAAAGUGGAAACCAGAGGGAGAGAAUAAGAGACAAUAGAAGUGAAUAAUAUUGUGUUGCUCAAUGAUCAUGCAUUAGAGGUUAAUAAUUUGUUCAAGCUGUGCUAAAGCCGAAAAACUAAAAACAAACUGGUCCUCCUUCUGCAGCCUUAUUGUCUUCUUGGCCCUGCUUCCAGUUCCUUCAACUCUUUUUGCUUUUUAUAUUCAUCAGGAAAUUUUUAUGGAAAAUUUAAAGCAAUUUGAUACGUUGAGAACAUGUUUAAAGUCAUAGUCUACGUAAUGGUACAGUAAAUAAAUGUGACUCCUCCUUUUGGAGAGAAUUAGAUUAUUGACUUGACAUGAGACACUGAAGAGGGAGACUUGCAAUGCACCCUGAUACCACUGUAUCAUACUGAUUCUCUGCACUGGCAGGUAAUGUGAAUACCACAUGGUUGAGUCAUGACACACUAUUGCCUAUGUAGUGCAGUACUUUUGGGGCUCUGGUUAGUGCACUAUAUAGUAUAUAAAAUAAUGCACUAUGUAGGGAAUAGGGUGUCAUUCCAGACACAGACACAUGUGAAUCCCUACUCCCAGGUAGCACAAAGGGCUUUGUCGGGGCUUGGGGAGGGACAUGUAUUUUGUGUAUAGAAGGAUUUUUUGGAGAGCUUUUACUUAUUUUCGUAUUGUACUAUUUUAACUGUUACUCAAAUCGAUUUAAAAUAAUAAUAAUUACAUUUUUCUCCUUCCUCUUCGUUCAGUAUUUGAAAGUCGAAUCAAUCGGGCAAUUGGUUUCUUGCUCUGAAAUUUCCAACUGAAAUUAAUCCUUAUUUUUGCUGUAACCUCCACACUCUACAAGCUGUGUAUUUUCUUAUCAACCAGAUCAGUAAAAUAAAUGCUUUAUUAUUGCAUGCACUUUAAUUUUGUUUUUCAGGAUUAAGAGAGAGCAUGAGUCUGUCAUCCAAGCUUUUAAUUAUAUUUGUAAAUAAAGUGCUCAUCACACAAAG